UCCCCGCCUUGGCGCUCAGUCGCCUCCCAGAUGAGCGCGCUAGCAGACGGCUGCGGGCCGCCGGGCACAGGGCAUGUCCCCUGAGUGCGCGCAGGCGGCGGGCACUGGGUCCCCGCGCAGCCUGGAGCGGGCCAACCGCACCCGCUUCCCAUUCUUCUCCGACGUCAAGGGAGACCACCGGCUGGUGCUGACCGCUGUGGAGACGGUCGUGCUGGCGCUCAUCUUUGCGGUGUCGCUGUUGGGCAACGUGUGCGCCUUGGUGCUGGUGGCGCGCCGACGGCGCCGCGGCACCACCGCCUGCCUGGUGCUCAACCUUUUCUGCGCGGACCUGCUCUUCACCAGCGCCAUCCCGCCGGUGCUGGCUGUGCGAUGGACUGAGGCCUGGCUGCUGGGCCCGGUCGCCUGCCACCUGCUCUUCUACGUGAUGAGCUUGAGCGGCAGCGUCACCAUCCUCACGCUGGCGGCCGUCAGCCUGGAGCGCAUGGUGUGCAUCGUUCGCCUGCAGCGGGGCGUUCGGGGCCUGGGGCGGCGGGCGAGGGCCGCGCUGCUGGCGCUCAUCUGGGGCUACUCGGCGCUGGCCGCGCUGCCCCUCUGCGUCUUCUUCCAAGUCGUUCCGCAGCGGCUCUCCGGUCGGGACCAGGAAAUUCCGAUUUGCACACUGAGUUGGCCCAGCAUCGCUGGAGAAAUCUCCUGGGAUGUGUCGUUUGUUACUUUGAACUUCUUGAUGCCGGGAUUGCUCAUUGUGAUCAGCUACUCCAAGAUUUUACAGAUCACAAAGGCAUCAAGGAAAAGGCUCACGGUGAACCUGGCUUCCUCGGAGAGCCACCAUAUCCGCGUGUCCCAGCAGGACUUCCGGCUCUUCCGUACCCUCUUCCUGCUCAUGAUCUCCUUCUUCAUUAUGUGGAGCCCCAUCAUCAUCACCAUCCUCCUCAUCUUGAUCCAGAAUUUCAAGCAGGACCUGGUCAUCUGGCCAUCCCUCUUCUUCUGGGUGGUAGCCUUCACGUUUGCCAACUCAGCCCUGAACCCCAUUCUCUAUAACAUGUCACUGUUUAGGAAUGAAUGGAGGAAAAUUUUCCACUGCUUCUUCUACCCAGAAAAGGGAGCCAUGUUUACAGAUACAUCUGUCAGAAGAAAUGAUCUGUCCGUUAUUUCCAACUAAUUAAAUUUUUCUCUGUAGGCAGAGUUUAUCACCCUCUGGAAAGCUAGGAUACGUUUUCAAAGGGAGUUUAUUUCCAGGACCAUCACAUCACUGUAGCCUGCUUUAAGAAAAUGUAACCUAUGCAAAUACACAUUUAUAGCACCAGUAAAUCAAGGGGUGAUCAUUCAGUAUGACAAUUUUACCCUUCAUAAAAGGAUUUGUUAUGGGCUCCCUUUAAAUAUGAACUUUUUCCAGUGUGUUUGUAAUAUGAUUGAGUUUAAUAAAUUUUUAUUUAUAGCUGUUCAGCAA